AUGUCAGAACGCGAUCUAGUCUUUGAGUCGUACGAUCGCGGCUACAACGAAGCGCGAGCGCGCUUCGACGCAGAUGACUUAGACAGCGCCGUCGCUCUCGCACAAAACAUGCUGGAUGAUAGCUCUCUGCCUCGCUACCAUCGCAUCAAGCUCCUGCUCCUGAUGUCCGCAGCCGUAGAUGACUGGGAGGAAGUGGCCUCCAUGCUCGACGACGCCCAUCGGUUGUGGACCAUGACGAGGAUGUUCCAUCGUGAAGGCGAAAACGAGGAGGCUGAUACGCUACUCACCGACCUUCGCCAGUCGCUCGACUCUCUGAUCGCGCAGCACGCCGCCGACCGACCGAAGGAAGACGAAGAGGAAGGCGAGUACGGGGAGGAGCAAGAGAUUGAAGAGCCGAUGGAGGAGGAUGUUGAGGAGACUAUAACCCAGGGACGCAGCGACGAAGGCGGAGAUGUGGACAUGAAUGAGGUGAAGAAGGAGGAGAAGCUGUCGGGGGCUGGGGCGGAGGGCAUCAGUAUGUUGGAGGAGACUAGCAACGAGGGUGGUGAUGUGAAGUCGAGCGAGGUCAAGCAGGAGACGAGCGUAUCAAGCGCACAGACACCAUCACUCGGCACGAUUACCGACCGCACGAAGCUUCCAUUCCAGUCGCCAGUGAUUCCAACGAAGUACGUGAUCCCACAAAUGCGCGACGACACGAGCAAAGGACGUUAA